AUGAUGACCCUGGCAAACCAGAAACAGAAAGCUGUGCUUUGCGGCAUUUUGUUGGGACUAUGCAUCCAGUUGUGCUCCAUCGGUGUGGGUGUCCAAGAAGCACAAUGGAACAAGUGGGGGGUAGAACCAGCAAAGAUUCAACAACUAUGCAGCGGAUUAUAUUUUGUUUUGAUUGCAGCCAUAGGCCUUCGACUCUGCAUUGUCAAUGCCCUCUUGAUUGUACGGAACAUGGGUUCCAGCUCAAGUCAAGCAAACCAAACCCCUCGGGCCAACUUGUUGCUGGAUUGGGCUGUCUUGAUGGGGUUCUUGCUUGCAAGUGUUGUGGUGGAAAUCCUUCGACUCAUAUUGUUCUAUGACACAGCUCUGGUUACCAAUGCUGCAAUCAAAAUAUUCCUGUAUGUCUCCAUUCUGUUCUUUGGCUGUUGCUUUGCUGUUGGCCAGGAACAGACCGAAGCUGACGGAGAAAGAGGCAUAGUGAUGUUUCAUCUGCAGGAGAAAGAAUGGGGGCCAGUGGAUCUGGUCAGUGGAUCUGGUCAAGAGGUCCAAAGAACUGAUGCCUCGAACACCGUGACUGUGACACAUGCUGCUGCCGUCUUUUCCUCUCCUUGCAUGACGACAGAGGCAAUGCUGCUGGGUCAAUACCACCAAGAUGUGGCACAGCAGGAUACCACACACGAUCCCAAGGAGUCAGCCUGA